AUGGCUGAACAAGAAGCAGCAGCGAAAUCAGGAUGCUUCUCUCGCUUCUUUCGCCUCCUUCUCUGUGCUCACUCCACCAAUGCUCCUCCUAUCCACCCCUCCGAUCACCUCCCUCCUCCCCAAACACUGCCUUCCCUCCCAGACAAGUCUAGUCCCGUUCCUCCUACCCCUGGUCUAGUCGCCAGGCUCAUGGGCUUAGACUCGCUCCCAAACAACCCCCGGGUCUCCAUCCGGGUCGCGCCCGACUCGGUUCCCCGAAGCAAGUCCGUUAACUUCAUCGAUUACUUGCUCCGGUUUGAUCCCGCCCACCAAGAGCAAGAAGGCAGCCAUCGUCGCGUCAGAACGUCGUCGUUUCGUGAGGUUCCUGUGUUGUCGUCGUCUCCCGCGACGUCGCUGUCGUUGCAGCCGGAGAAGGACGACGACGUUGUCGUUUUCUUGUGGGACGAUGUUGACAUGGCUGCUCGCGAAUCGAGGCCCGGUGGAGUUGUUCGGCACAGGUCGAAGAAACAGGAGGUGGGUUUGCAAGAAUCGAAGAAACAGAGGAAGGAGAAGAAUAAUGAAGGGACGAAGAAGAAGAAGAAGAAAAUUUCGAAGCUGAAGAAUGAGCCUAGAAGAAGAGUCUCUGUUUCGACAAGUGCAAGCAGAGAUUAUGGGUCUGGUAGCUUGAGUCCAAGAAUGAGGAAGGAAGAGUUUGUUGAUGAACCCAGAUUCAGAAAGAAGGUCAGAAGCAGGAAGUCGCCGAAGAAGAUGCAGAAUGAGAGAUGCUUUGAAGAUCUCAGCCCUGUUUCAGUUUUAGACGUUGGCGACGACGAAGAAUUUCCAUUGCAGAGCAAAACCAACUUUACAGAUGAAACAAAGGGAAUCGCCUCAAAGUCAAAGAGAGAAUCUUCAGCUGAGAGAUGUUUGUCUGGAGGCAAAAGCAACCAUAAAAGUGAAACAGAGGAAUGCUCAGAAUUAAUGGCCAAAAUUCUCAAAUUAACAGAAAACGAUGUGCAAAUGUUUGAUUGUGUCGGGCGGAAGAAGGGCGUGUUUGGGAGUGAUUGUUUUGAGGAAAUCCCUUUGCUUCUCGAGGAUAAAAUCUUCGACCUCUUGCUGCGUGAGGUCGUCCACGAACUUUUAACACACUGAUUACGACAAUUUUUGUCUUCAUGACCUUAUGCAUGUAUAUUAUAACUAGGUAGUUUUACUAUAUUUCCCCUUCCAUAUGUACA